UUCAUGCCCUCCCCACCGGCAGCCCAAGAACCGUGUCGGAAACGGGAGAACAAGCGCUUUUUCCGGAAGAGCGUGGAGAUAUGCGAAGAGGUCGAUGAGGUGGAAGAAACCCCCGCAGCCUUUCACAGCGCCCCUAACCUCGAGUUUUGUGCCUCUGACUCUGUUUUCACCAGCGGAGCCCAGCAGUUACCCGACAGUGCCUCGGCAGCCCUGGGUGAGGAUGGCACUCAUGGCACGCAGGAUCCUGAUAAGACCGGCCUUACAGCGCCUGCUCUGAAGGGGAAGGAGAGAGAUAAAGAACAGGAAGAAGAGGCUGAGAUGAAGGCCGUCGCCACUUCACCAGGUGGCCGCUUUUUAAAAUUUGACAUUGAGCUUGGCAGAGGAGCAUUCAAAACCGUUUACAAAGGCCUGGACACGGAAACCUGGGUGGAAGUUGCCUGGUGUGAACUGCAGGAUCGAAAGCUGACCAAAGCGGAGCAGCAGCGGUUUAAAGAGGAGGCUGAAAUGCUGAAGGGUCUACAGCAUCCCAACAUUGUGCGUUUUUAUGACUCCUGGGAGUCUGUUCUUAGAGGCAAGAAGUGCAUUGUCCUAGUGACUGAGCUCAUGACCUCAGGAACGCUCAAAACGUACCUUAAGCGCUUUAAAGUGAUGAAGCCCAAGGUUCUUCGAAGCUGGUGCAGACAAAUCCUAAAGGGUCUACAGUUCCUACACACCCGUACACCACCCAUUGUGCACCGUGACCUCAAGUGUGACAAUAUCUUCAUCACAGGCCCGACCGGAUCAGUUAAGAUUGGGGACCUGGGCCUUGCCACCCUCAUGCGAACAUCGUUUGCCAAGAGUGUCAUAGGUACUCCAGAGUUCAUGGCCCCAGAGAUGUACGAGGAGCACUAUGACGAGUCGGUGGAUGUCUAUGCCUUUGGCAUGUGCAUGCUAGAAAUGGCUACCUCAGAGUACCCAUAUUCAGAAUGCCAAAAUGCUGCACAGAUCUACCGCAAAGUCACUAGUGGUAUCAAGCCUGCCAGUUUUGACAAAGUAAACGACCCCGAGGUAAAAGAAAUCAUUGAGGGCUGUAUUCGCCAAAACCGACUUGAGCGGCUCUCAGUGAAGGACCUUCUAAAUCAUGCUUUCUUUGCGGAGGACACCGGUGUGCGUGUGGAGCUCGCUGAGGAAGAUACAGGCUCCAAAGAAUGCCUGGCCCUGCGCAUCUGGGUUGAAGACCCAAAGAAACUCAAGGGCAAGCACAAGGACAACGAGGCCAUCGAGUUCAGCUAUGACUUGGAGAAUGAUAGUGCUGAAGAAGUUGCACUAGAGAUGGUGAAAUCCGGCUUUUUCCAUGAAAGUGAUGCUAAGGUGGUGGGGAAGUCCAUCAGAGACAGGGUGACCCUGAUUAAGAAGUCCCGUGAACGGCGUCAACAGCAGCUUCUUCAACAGCAGCAGCAGCAACAACAACAACAAUGUCUGGAUGAUCGCCGUGACUCCUCGGUCCUAACCUCCUCCUUUUCUUAUGUGCAGCCUUCCGGUACCACCUCCUCACAGUGCACAGGAGCUGCUGGGGGUCAGGGAGAGGCAGAGGAGCUGCCGGAAGUGGACCAACAUGUCCAGCAGCAAGGCACUGUCUUGGGCCUCACAGAGGGUGAGAGUCUUCCUGCUGUCAGUGGACAAAGCCAAGCCUUUUCUGUACCUGAGAUAGCAAACCAAUGUGCUCCUGAUCAAACCAGCUACCCUACUGGCACAUCUGGGGUGAAAGGGGCAGGGGUUAUGUCUCACCCCCUGCUGCUCCAUAUUGGUCAAAGCGGAGGGGUUCCAAAUGUGCCUGAUGGCCAGAAUGGUGGGAUAUCUGGCAUUCCCAUUGGCCAAAGUGGUGGUGUGGCUCCUAACAUUCCUGUGGCACAGACUUUCAUUCAACCAGUUACUAUGGCGUCACAGGUCCCAUUAAAUGUGCCUCAACCAUAUUCUCAGCCCCUUCCACAAUACUCAACAGAUGUUACAUCCUCACAAAUGUUACACUCCAGACCCAGUGAUGCCUCCACUCCCCACAGUUCUGUUGUACAGUCACAGUCAUACAUCCCCCCUAUAUCACCCCAGGCACCCAUGACUGUCCUCACUUCCUCCAUCCCACCUGGAGAACCUAUAGCAUCAGCAGGCAAAAUCAUGCAACCUAUGCAGACCCAAACUACUAUUGCUUCUGUACAACCCUCUGAUGUUUUGCCCCAGCAAACUAUUGUUCAGACGCAACAGAGGGUAAUGUCAGAAUUGCCUGGAACAUUGCAACUGAACAUCCAGCAACCAACACCACAAAAGCAGGCAAAUAUAAUACAGCAGCACCAGACAGUGUUGUUGCCACAGCAAACGGACCAUGCUCAACAAAUGGCGGUUUUGUUACAACAGCCACAGCAUGUAGAAAAACCCCAGGUGAUUCUGCCGGAACAGCAGCCACAUUCCAGUACUUCUCAGCAGCCAUAUAUACCAUUGCCACAGCAGAAACAGCAAACAAUGACCAACCCUCAGCAAAGUGAUCUACAACAGCAAGUGUACAUACUACAACCUACAGGCCAACCCCAACAGCAAGUUGUGAUACAGCAGCAUCAGGUGUCAGUACAACAACCCCCAGUGGAACAAUAUCAGCAUCAGACUCAGCAACAGCAGGCACAGCAAGUUUUUUUGCAACAAAUGUCUGAAUCACAAGAGCAGAGCCUGGUAAAGACAUUGAUACAACAGCCGCCGGUACUUCAAACUAUCCAACAGCCAUUGCAAUUGACGGAGCAACAACAACAGCAACUUCUGAUUAGGCAACAAAUGGAGCAGCAACAGAAAGCUGUUUUGCAAAGUCAAAUGGAGAAACAACAUCAACAACAAGUUUAUAUUCAGCCACAACAACAGCAACAAGUUGAGCAGCAACAAAUUCUUCUGCAGCAACAACAAAACUUGGCGGUACAGCAACAGAUUGAGCAGCAGCAACAAGCAUUACAACAACAAAAGCAAAUGGAGCAGCAGCAAAAGGCUAUUUUACAGCAACAGGUGGAGCAGCAGAGACAGCAGCAACAGGCUUUGUUUCAGCAACAGCAAUUGGAGCAACAACAAGCAUUACUGCAACAGCAGCAGCGUGAACAACAACAGGCUCUUCUGCAGCAACAACAAUUGGAACAGCAGGCUUUGCUACAACAACAGCAGCAACUCCAAUUGAAGCAGCAACAAGCUAUUUUACAUCAGCAACAGUUAGAGCAGCAGCAGCAGGCUUUGUUUAAACAGCAGCAGCAACAACAAAAGUUGGAGCAACAGCAAGCUCUUUUACAAAAGCAGCAGCAACAAGCGCUCAUUCAGCAGCAACAACAGUUAGAGCAAAAAGUACUGCAGCUGCAACAGCAGCAACAAUUCGAACAGCAACCAACUUUAUUAAGCCAGCAGCAGCAGUCUCAGCAGAUAGAGCAACAUGUUCUUCAACAACUACAACUACAGAAGCCGACAGAUCAACAACUGCAACAGCAGAUAAUUCAACAACAUACCGAACAGCAACAGCAGACGUUGCUACAACAAAGAGAAUCACAUAUGCAGCAACACCUCCUGAUGCAAAAACACCAGAUUGAAUUACAGCGAAAACUAUCCGAAAAACAACUGCAACAAGUUUUAUUACAGAAACAACAUUUGGAGCAACGUGCUCCUCUGGCAGAUCACAGCGGACAACAACAAGCAACCCUAGUGAAAGCACAGCCUACGGAGAUGAUCCAACAGAUUAGUCAGAUUCAGCACUCUCAACAAAUGAUUCCCCCACAACCUCAGCCUUAUCUUGCUCAACAACAAACUGAGCAGCAGCUUGUCUUGAUUCAGCAGCAACAAUCUGUCCUCCCCCAGGCUUCGCACAGACCAUCUCUGGUUCAGGCAGUACCAAAAAUGGUUAGCGCUCAAAUACCUAGUCAAGUACCAGCCCCACUUCUCAUUCAGCAACAGGUACCACUGCAGAUGUCAGCUCAACCUUCAGCACAAGUUCAGAUCCAAAGUCAAGGAGAGCCUGCAAUUUAUUGUCAGAUUCCCUUGCAGACUCAAAGUCAUCCUGCAACACAGUCAACGGGAGGCCAUAAUCAAGCAAGCCAGCUGCAAGUUCCACAACCAAACCAGCAGAUCACAUCUCCAACGCAAGUUCCUACACCAAAACCUAUUCAUUCCUUUAUCCCGACUCCAACACAAAUGGUCUCACAAGGACAAACCCUUCCAUCCCAAUCUCAGCUGGUACCACCUCAGGCUGCAGCUUCUCUCCAGUGUCAAGUUGCAGUAGGGUCAACUACUCCUGCGCCUCUUGUGCAUGCUAUGGUCCCAGCUGCUUCUACACUUCUACCCACACAAUAUGCUCAAGCACCUGUCGCUUCACAAACCAUCCAGUCUCUUCAGCUAGACCUCACACAAUCUGUGAAACAACAACAACAACAGCCGCAUCUGCAGCAAUAUCAGCAAGCAGUACUGUCUCCUAUGUCACUCGCACCUACUAUCAACCCGAUGGUCACUUCGUCCACACAGUGCUUUUUACAACAGUCAAACCAAUCUCAAAUGCAGGCCCAGGCGCCGCCAGUUAUCCAAGCUCAGCAACAACCAGUUAGUGUGGCCUCGAUGCAGACACUCUUGCAGUCCAUGCCUCCGGUACAACCUCAGACUGCCCAACCAUAUGAGCAGAAGCUGCCUCAAGCCCACCAUGUGCAGCAACAGCAACCCCUGCACCAUCAGCAUCAGGCCCAACCCGUGCAGCAGCUUCUGCCACCGAAUGCUUUCCUACCACAAGAUCUCCACCAACAACCUAGUCAGCCUCAACCAGUACUCCAGCAUAUGCUCCCGAUUCACAUUGCACCCAGUCAGGUACCUCAGACCCAAGCUGGAACUGUACCUUUGUGCAGACAUGUGGUUUCAGGUCCAACACCCUCCCCACAGAACCAGCAGAAACUGACCCUUCCCGCCCCAGCGCACACACAGACUAGCAUGCAGUCACAAGCACACUCAAGUGAACAGGCACCGACCCACAUAGAGGCUACUGGGAGUUUGAGGCAGCCUCCUUACUCCCAAACUGGCUUUAUUCCAUCACAGAUCCCCCCAAGUCCAUUUCAUACUUCCCUUCAGUCGUCUGGCACACUCCCAGCCCUACAACCAUCUGUCCCAGUUUCAGAAAUUCCUGUUACAGUAGAGGCACAGCUAAACCAGGCAAGGCCUGCUGAUAUGAUCCCUGCUUCCCCUCCUACUGUCAGUGCUUCACAGUCCCAUGACUCUAAUGGAUCUGUGUUGCCCACCACCUCGCUGGCAGAAAGUGACGCUGCAUUGUUGGGCAUUGCUCAGGAGAGCCUAAAUCAGUCUGCCAAUAGGGGCUCUUCAUCAGGCUCUGCUCCUGCCAAUGGAGAUGAGGCCCAAUCACAAUGGGUCAGUGGAAAACAAGAUAAGGUAAAAUCUCAGAGGAGAUCAUCCUGUCAAAAAGCUGAAAAAAAUCAUUUUCAACUCAGCAUGUUGCAGGUCUCAGGCACAGGGGACAACAUGGUAGAGUGUCAGUUGGAGACUCACAGCAACAAGAUGGUCACAUUCAAGUUUGACAUUGAAGGAGAUGCACCAGAGGACAUUGCAGAUUAUAUGGUGGAGGAGGAUUUUGUUCUUGAGCCUGAAAAAGAUAAAUUUGUUGAGGAGCUGAGAGCUAUAGUGAAGAAAGCUCAAGGAAUACUAAGCACUCACUCACAGACUGGGUCCUUGGAGCAACUCCAUGUGAGCACCCCAUCUAGUGCAACAAUGGAUUCAGCGCCUCAGUCUUCCCCAGUAGGUCGCUGGCGAUUCUUCAUUAACCAAACCAUUCGCCAUCGUGAUUCACACUCCAACCAGGGAGCUUCCACUCCCCCUCCAGUGGGAGAGGCCCGAGUCCCCAAUUCCACAGAAACAGAGAGAGAUCAUGUGAGCCCUCAGCGUUCCGAGUCUUUUGCUGGGAUAGCAUCUUCCCCAAGUUCUGCACUAUCUGCAUCCUCUCCUCCAGUCUCUACUGUAUCAGCUCCUGCAUCCAUGUCAGCCUCAGCCAUUGCUGCCCAAAAAGAUGUAACACCCACUGCCUUGCCAACAGCAGAGCAAGUCUCCUCUGCUGCCCUGCCUGCAGGCCCAGUCCCUGUCAUGGCUUCCAGCACCUCUGCUGCUCCUUUCCCUGCAGUCGCAGCUUUCAUUGGCUCCAGCAUGGACCAAGGAAAAGCUACAGUUAAAGGUGAGGCUGAACAGCCCCUCUCUACCUUAUCCACUUGUGAGACCCCUCCAGCGUCGCUGGUGACCCACGCUGAUACUUCACAGCAACUUCUAGCACAAACCCCAAUGGCACCCUUGCAGACAACAGAUGUACUUCAACAAACCCAGACACUACAGUCAGCAAUGGCCACCACCGAACAAGCUCAGAAACAGCAGAUUAUGCCUCAGCCAGUGCGCCAGGUCACUCCACAGCCACCUACACUCCAGUCUAGCGAGUCAAAAGCACUGUCACAGCCAAUGCCAGUGGAGGCCGUACCUUCGCAGGGAGCUCUUCCUGCUGCCCAAGUUCAGCAGGUUUCUCACCAACAAGUACCAGUUGAAUCUCAACAGCAGGCAAUGCAACAGACCACUUUCUUGCUGCAACACAGCCUUCAAACAACCACUGCUGAGCAAAUCCAACAGCACAAGGUAGAUCAGUGUGUGUCUCAAGAAACCACAGCGAUACUGACGAUGCAUCCAGAGCAUGGCCUCCAGACCCAAGAUCCCCAACAGCUUCGAUCUGCAUUUCAACCGGUGAUCCCGCAACAGCUUCCCAGUGAGCAAAUGCAGAUGUUACCUCAGCAGGUACCACAUGAUAUGGCGCCUAUGACACAAAGCGCAGUGCCUCCAGAUGUGCAGAAGCAGAUGUCUAUACAGCAGUUGGAGUCUGAGCUGUCCACGGGGGAAGACACUGUCAGUUACUCUGCCCCAGCCCAUCCAUCUUCAGACACCUUUCUCCCACCCCUGCCACUCUCUGAACCCGCUCUUCCUGCCCUUUCCCACACUUUCACACCCUCUCCAGCCCAGCCCUCCUCGGUAGCGGAGUCAGACAGCGAAGGCCCACCCAAGAUCGAGUUUGUGGACAACCGGAUCAAGACAUUGGAUGAGAAGCUGAGGACUCUUCUGUAUCAGGAACACAGUGGUAGUGGGGCAGCACUGGGAAGUGGCUCCACCAGCGGCUCUGCUCCUGCCCCCAGCUCCACCUCGGGAUCUGCUGCGGCCUCCACCGCAGUUGACGAGCUUUCAGAGCCCCCCAACAUUCCUCCUGCAACUUCCUCAGACACCUCCCCUCACUCCACUUCUUCCACCACCUCCUCCACCACCCCUCGCUCUUCCUCUACCUCUCCGGAUGGAGAGCAGGAGAGAGCGGGUGAAGAGGAGACGAUCCCGUCUGCUGUGCAAUACCAGCCGGCAUCAUCCUUCUCCUCUACAUCCCCUCCAUGCUCUCUCGUUUCCCCUCCACAGGAGCCUGGAUCCCCGAAAGUGCCCAAUGAAUCAUCUGUAAGUGCUCCCCCUUCCCUCACUGAAAGCUCCACCCCUGGAGAUGUUCUCUUGCCUUCCUCUUCUCAGCCGCCUGUCCCCCUGUGGCCUGGACAACAGCAGCUGCAGCACAAUGAAGGAGGUGGAUAUUUUGGCCUAAACCUGACAUGUCCUAGUAUCAGAAAUCCUGUUAGCAAGAAAUCCUGGACUCGCAAAUUCAAAAGCUGGGCAUGCAAACUGCGCCACUCCGCCAGCUUGUUCAAGAAGCCCAGAGUCCAGCAAGAUGGCAGCUUGAGCCAGGGGAUGAAGGAGGAUAGGGAGGCAUCUACAAAUGACCAACCGUGUUCACGCAGAGGCCGUUUCCAGGUGAUUCCAGUGUCCCAGUCCGCAGAGCCCCUUCCAACACAGGAUGCUGAACCAAGCCAAGGGAUCACACAAAGAAACGUUGGGCGUUUCUCAGUCACCCAGGCCGAACAGAAAGAGGAACAUUUGACCGACAGCUCCCCCGUGUCACCUGACCUCGAGCGAGAGAGGAGAAAAUCGAAAGCAAAAGAUGGCGAGAAAGAUGAGAAGAGAACUACAGCGCCCAGUCACCUGUCCAGGAGUCACGCACACUCGCCCCUGGGCAGCAGCGAUGAUGAGAGCGAGGUGGAGGAUGAAGAUUUGAGGACAGAACUCCACAAGCUGAGAGAGAAACACAUCAAAGAGGUGGUGUCCCUGCAGGCACAGCAGAACAGAGAGCUGCAGGAAUUGUACAGGCAGCUCCGCUCUCUAAAAGACCACAGGCAACCUUUUUCCAUGACGCUGCCCCGUACUUCUUCUCCUCCUACCGCACCCCUCGCCAUGUCCCCGCGCAGACCCCGACCUGCCAAAGCCAAGCUUCGGCCCCGACCCCACUCUCACAUGGAUAACAACGGAGUCACACACCAAGACCAGAGUCCUUCAGCCCAGGGUUCUGCCAACAGAAAGAGCACAUUCACUGAUGAGCUGCAUAAGCUUGUUGAUGAGUGGUCAAAAGAAACUGUUUGUCCUGUUCAGCCCAAGCCUUCACUGAAUCAAAUCAAACAGAUCCAACAAGUGCAGGAGAUGGGCGGUUGGGGCCAGACUACUGAGACAACAGAUUCAUCGGGUUGGUUUUCCGGAGCCCCUUUAACCGCUCCAGUAUCAGUCAGCAUGUCUACAGUGGCGCCCACCUCAUAUAGUACCAUCGGUGGACAAACUCAGCCGCCUCCGACACAGUUUCCCAUCGCUCCUCUCUCCCAGCAGAACGCUCAUCUGCACCGCCAGCCCCCGCAGUACAGCCCGUCUCCCCUGCACCCGCAGCAGGUCCAGCUCCUGUCAGGACCCCAGUCCUCGGUGUCCGGCGCACCUUCCCUCAUAACCCCGGCGGGGCCUCUGCUGCCCCCUGCCACCAGCAUCACAGCUGCCUCUGCCACCAAUCAUAACAAUGUCUUCUGCUCAUGCUCCUCCUCGUGCUGCUCCUCUUCCUCCUGCUCCACCUCCACUCUGCCUCCCAGUGCCAAUCUUCACCCCAAACCCUCCACAUCCACCCUUCCUUUAGGACAGCAGUGAGAAUAUGGAUACCGGUGUACAUCUUAUACUGGAGGGACAUUAGUAGAAAGUGGUUGCGUGUUGGUGUGUGGGUAUGGGGGGUGUAUAAAUACUGUAGUGUGUGUAUUUGUGUGAGCGUGCGUUUGUGUUGCAUUUUUCAUUUCAUAUCCUCUGUGUGUUUCCGCACCGUCAAGUUUUCUACCCGACUUAGUUGGACCUGAACUCGCCCUAUAUAGAGACAUUUUUGACCUGAGAUAUGAUCCUCUUUGUUUUCAUUUAUCAGUGCUUCAAAUGAAAAGACUAUUUGAAUUUUAAAAAGUGCAAUUAAUAACUGAUAUUUAAAUUCAUCUUUUCUGUGUUGUUGUGAUGUGGAUCUGUAUAGCUUAAAAGAAAUAUUUUUUAUAUAUACGCACAGAAACGACAACAACAAUCAGACAUCAGCAGUGAAGCGCCAUCUUUGUAGAGCACAACGGAUUCAGCCAGCGGCGGGAUCGAACGCAUGUUCCAGCGCAGAGCAUGGUAACCUUUCAACCAUCAUCGUAGCUAUGAAAACAAUCGUUGUGCACGGAUAGGGCAUGCUCCUCAUGUAUUAUAUUUUAUGACGAUAAAUAGCCGUAACAUUAUAGAUUUAGCCAAGAUUUUUUUCUAGAAUAACAGAAAUAGCCAUCGACUAAUUCCUUUUAAGAUCCUGCAAUUGAUUCUGAAAAAAACAACAAAAAAACAAGUUAAUUUGGUUUCAAAUGAAACUAGCUAAUAUGAUUGCAGUAUUUCCUCUCUUUUUAAUGUUUACACUAUUAACAUUAAUCCCAUGGUGAAGUGUGCAAGACUAGAUGGCUGUUUGGAAAGCUCAAGUGAAGUGAAUGCAGCUUGUUCUUGUGUAUUUUUGCACAGUCCCGUAUGAACGUGCUUCCGUGCACACCGAAAUGUGAACUGUGAGUUUGCUUUUAGUCAAUGUAACGCAUCAGCAAAACACUGGCAAAAAGAUGUAUUCAUAUAUAAAUAGACAUAACUGCCAAGCAAGUUUGGGAGAAAAUCCAUUAAUAGGUUGCCUUACUACAGUGUGUUUUUCCCAGAAAGCUUUUAUGUGAUUUAGCUAGACCAAGAUAUCAGAGCCAAGCCUUUAAAUCAGCAGCUACUCAACUCUGUUGUACGGCCAGACUACUGAGAUUUAGAAAGUGGUUGUCAAAAUGCAUUCUCCAUAAGUCUGCAUUGCCCAUAUGCAGAAACCUGACUGUGUUCUUUAAUUUUUUUUUUGGAAAAAGCAACGGAAGGUCGGUACGAAUAAGGCAACCUGCAUUUUUACAAGAAGUAGGUGAGAGAUGGACAGGGAGGAAUGUAUUGUGUAAGGUGCACGGGAAAUGAGGAACCGGUUUGUGUUGUGAAGCUUUUUAAAAUCGUGCUAAUGCUUGAACUUGUGGAUGUUACAAAAAGAGGUCAACAUGGCUGCUGCCUACAGAGGGUUGCGAUCAUUCAGUUGCCAGUAUUUUAUGUCACUUUUCUAAAGACAAGACCCACCUCUUCACAGUAAACCAACAGUACUGGUGAGUAAAAAGGCUGUUGUGUCCAGAAAACUCCAAACAUUAUCCAUUUGAUAAGUACAAAUGGGAAAUGUAAAGAAAACCCCUCUGUUGAAGUGUUAACAAAAUGUAAUCUAAAAAGAAAGCAUUAUUUUUGUAUUUUGAAAGGGGUUGUAAAAAUGUAAAAUUGUGUACUGAUCAGUGUUGAGAAAGCUGUGGUUGUCUGAUGAGACGGGUCAUUAAACAGUUUCUUGAGUUCCCCUGGCUCCAAACUUUACCCUAAACGUUUGUUCAAAGAUUAUAACAGGAUGUAUUUAGAUUUUUAGAUGGGUUUUAUUUCAAAGCUAGUGAUUGGGAAUAUUAGAAGCCAAAUAAUUUCUACAGUGGAGGUAUAAGUGUGGGUGAAUUUGUACAGUAAAACCAGGGGGAUCCCAGAAUUACUUGAUUGACCUCCAAUAAUUAAAGGUUAUUUAAGUGAAAAUAAUCUAUAGAGGACUAAACUCAUUGCUGGUGAUUUUAGCUACUGUAAAUUGUAACUAAUUCAACUGUUGAUUCUAUUUAUGUUUUGUAACUAAUCAAAAAUAAACAUCAAAUGUUAAACAUCAA